GUGCCCGCGCUCGAGGACUUCAAGGUUGUGCGCGUGCUCGGCGAGGGUGGCUUCGGGCAGGUAAUUGAAGUGAUCAAGCGCGACUGCGGUGUGCACUACGCGCUCAAGGUGAUGCGGAAGGAGAUGCUGAAGGAGUGCCUCGGCUCCUCGUGGCGCAAGAAGAUCGCGCUCGAGCAGUCCAUCCUCGCGACGCUGCAGCACCCGUUCCUGGUCAACCUCAAGUACGCGUUCCAGAACCCGGAGUUCCUGCUCCUCGUGAUGGACCUCGUGCCGCAGGGCGACCUCUCCGAGUUUGUGCUCACCAAGCGCCGGCUGACACCGCCGCAGGUCAAGUGGGCCAUAAUGGAGACGGUCGAGGUGAUGGGCUACAUCCACGGUCAGUCCAUUCUCUACCGCGACCUCAAGCCCGAGAAUCUGCUGGGCCACGUGCGGCUCAUCGACAUGGGCCUAGCCGCGAGAGUGACAGAGGCGGCGCCGAAGCGGCGCUCGCGUGUCGGCACCGACUGCUACAUGGCGCCCGAGGUGCGCUGGGCGGCGCGGCGGAGGAAGCCGUAUGGCAAGUCGGCCGACUGGUACACGAUCGGCGUGCUGACGUACGAGUUCACGCAGGGGGAUCUCCCCUUCUCGGCGCUCGACUCGCCCGCGCCUGUGUAUCGUGGUGGCAAGUUUCCCUCGCCAGCGUGCAAGGACUUUUGCGAGGCUCUCCUCGUGCAGGACGAGGACAAGCGGCUGGGCUCAAGCGAGGACGGGCUCGCUGACGUCAAAGGGCAUCCGUACUUUGAGGGCAUCGACUGGGACAUUGUCUCCGCGUGCAAGCUCCUCUCCCCCAUGAAG